AUGAUACACAAUGUAAAAUCUUCAACUGCUUUCCUUGAAAUCGAACACGCUUUGUCAGGAAUCGCCGAGGAUAUUAAAAUAUUACGUAUAAAUUGCGAAGGAAACUUGGCAUCAAUUGCAGAGAAAAGAAAGAUUGGUGAAUUGGAAAUUCAACAAUUUCGAAGAAAAAUUGAUGCCCAUCUUGAUAAACUUCAAGACCACAUACUGAAGGAAAUUAAAGCGGUUGAAGAAAAAAAAAGUAGCCAAAUUCGAGAAUUAUUGACGUCAAUAAUGCAAAAAGAAACGGAAACUUUGGGAAUCAAAAUAAACUUUCAAAAUACGAAGCGGUAUGCCUCAGAUCUGCAAACUUUCUUUGCAAUAAAACACAUCGAAAAAGAUAUUACCAAAGAGAAUAAUUAUAUUCAGUUGAUCAGCAAAAGCGAACAAAUGCAUCAAAUCGAUAUAUCGUGUAGAAUAAAUACAGCAUUGAAGGAAUUCAUCGCUACCGUGACUACUUUUGGGGAGGUUUUAAUUAGCUCUAAUUCUUUAAAUAUAUCCAUUGAGAACAAAUGGAAUAAACAAGCUCAAAUAAGUUUACCUCCUUCAAGAACAAUAUUUGAUAAUGUUAGUCUGAAGUUGAAACAAACAAUACAAACAAACUGGCAAGCUGUCCGAGGAUGUACCUUUCUUCCUGAUGGUAAAAUGGUGUUUUCUACUAUAAGUACACAACUAGCAAGAGUUUUAAAGCCAGACGGUUCAUCUGAAUUUGAUCUGAACAACAUUGGACCUGUUUGGGACGUGGUCUAUACUGGAGAUAAUGAUGUAGCUACUACUUCAGGAAAUAAAAAUCAAAUCAAGAUAAUCGAUGUCGAAAAAAGAAAAGUGAAAAAAACUUUAAACGUCAAUUCCGCCAAUAACGGAGUGACAAUCAAAAAUGAAAAGUUGAUUUAUUGUGCACGAGAUCAAGGACUUAAGAUGAUAAGUCUUAGUGAUGAAUCUAUAACCACUAUCAGCACUAGUAACAUGUCAUUUCAGGCGUACGUAAAUACCCAAGGCGACAAGCUGUUUUAUUCAAACGAAGAAAAUCACAAUGUCACCUGUAUAAAUUUCCAGGGUAAAACACUUUGGACAUUCAACGAAAGCAGUACUCUAAAAUAUCCCUUCGGUAUAUCUGUCGACAAUGAUGGGAACGUAUUUGUAGCGGGAACACAUUCUCACAAUUUGAUCGUUAUCUCCUCAGAUGGUCGACGCUAUAGACAACUAUUAUCGAAGAAAGAUGGACUUGACAGUCCAACAGUUGUGGAGUAUGACCAAUCAAAUAAUAAACUUCUUGUUGCUAAUAAUUUUGGUAACACUUUCGUGUAUGAAGUUGUAUGA